CCCCAAGGUACCUACGUAUCUUCUUCUUUCCUCACACUUUUCUCAACACCACACACGCAACCACACGUACGCAAACUAACCCCCAAACCACAGACCGGCAAAAUGAGUGCAAUCUACGAGGGACCUGAGGGCUCUGCCGAGCCCGUCAAGGUUCUCAUCACGCUGCACGAGGGCAUGGAUGCCAUGGAUGUCGUGGGCCCAUUGGAGGUCUUUAGCUGGGCUCGCCACGAUAAGAAGAACCCUGAGACCAAGGCAUUCACCGUCUCCUUUGCAGCGGCCGAAGAGCACACCGUCUCCGCCCAGGGUGCCUCCUUCCGCGCUCACAUGACCUUCGACGAAGCCAUGAAGCGCCUGCCUGAGGUCGACCUGCUCGUCAUCCCCGGUGGCGGUACCGAGAAGAUCCUCAAGUCCAAGGCGCAGCCGCUCGCGCUCAUCAAAAAGUUUGCGGAGGUGCAGCUGAAAGAUCCGGGCCGAGAACGCACUUUGAUGUCGGUCUGCACCGGCUCCUUCUUCCUGGCCGAGGCGGGUGUGUUGAGUGGCCUCAGCGCCACCACCCACCCCGACUUCAUCACCAAGCUGGAGAUCCUCUGCUCCAAUGUCACCCUGCGUGACAUGGCGGACCGCUGCGAUGUGGUCGAGCAGCGCUAUGUGGUCAACAACCUGCGCUUCGAUCUCGGCGAGAAUGAGGAUGAGAACCCAUACAUCAUGACUCGCAAGGAGUUGAAGGAGGCCAAGCGCCGCAAGAGCUCGCUUGUCAGCCCGCCCUCGCCCAUCGAGGAGCGCUCGAAUGGAACUGACGGCGCCCGACGCCCGAGCGGCGCUCGCAAGGGCAGCAUGAGCUGGAAGGCGAGCAACACCCGCCGCGAGAGCGUGCUCAAGCGCUCCAACCUUCGCCUCGGCGGACUGCGUGUCUUGUCCACCAGCGGCGUCACCUCGGGCAUCGAUGGUGCUCUCUACAUGGUCGGUGCCAUGGUCAGCGACGAUGCGGCCGAGGAGGUGGCUCGCGUGAUGUGCCACAAAUGGAUCAAGGGCAUGGUGGUAGAUGGAACUGAUGUUUAAGCGUAGGCGCUGGCGGCGCUCGGAUUACGGGGGCAAUGAAGGAUUACACCACACCAUUUGGAGUGGAUGGGGAAGGAUUUGUAGGGCUUUGAUUGAGGAGUAUGUAGACGACUUGUCUCGAAUAGAUCCGCAGCGUACAACACUCUCCAGACCGUCAAAUCUCCUGCGCACGUGACUCGGCGAAAGAUUCGCGGGAAAGGGCCAAAGCGGUCUAGACCGCAGCUGAUUGGUUGUCUUCGCGUCCUUGCAACAUCACAUCCGCAAUAUCCGCACCCUCGUC